GCACUUCCGGUAAGGGUCGCUCGGGUGUACAGUGCGCUGCGCGCGCAGCUGGACGCGGUGAUUCAGGUUCGGAGCCGGAUCGGCAGCGGGAAGCAAGAUGGCAGAAACCGACAGCUGGGAGGUAGAUGACUUUGAGCCAGAGGAGACCGUUCCAAAGACUGGAGCAUUGACGGCAAAAGACAAAUGGGAGGGAGAAGAUGAAGAGGAUGAAGUUAAGGAUAACUGGGAUGAUGAGGAGGACACAGAAAACAAACAAGAGGCUCAGAAGUUAGAACAGAAAGUUCCAGAUAAGAAGAAAUUAGUUGAUAAAAUCAAACAAAAAGAAAUUCUACAAAAGAAGAAACAGGAGGAACUGAAGAAAAGGCUAGAGGAGCCUGCUGAGGAGCUGGUAGAAUUAUCACCGGAGGAACAGCUGGCAGAGAAGCUGCGCCUGAAGCAGUUACAAGAGCAGUCCGACCUGGAGUUGGCAAAAGAAGCUUUUGGUGUGGUCUCAGUUACUGGCAUUGAUGCCAUGAAUCCAUCCUCAAGAGAUGACUUUGCAGAAUUUGGGAAGCUGCUGAAGGAGAAAAUCACCCAAUAUGAGAAAUCUAUACAUUACACAGGCUUCCUAGAAGCACUGUUGCGGGAUAUCUGUAUUUCAUUGGAAGUUGAAGACAUGAAGAAGAUAUCCAAUACCCUAACAGUUCUCUGCAGUGAGAAGCAGAAACAAGAGAAGCAAAACAAAGCCAAGAAAAAGAAGAAAGGAGGGGUUCCUGGUGGCGGCUUUAAGGCCAACAUGAAGGACGAUCUGGCUGAUUAUGGGGGCGUCGAUGAGGGAUAUGGACGAGAGUUCGAGGAUUUCAUGUGACACUUGCUUUAAUAUUCAUGGCUCUGAAUGUGAGUGUCGUCCUCCACCCUUGAGGACUGCCAAAUGCUACAGUCAAAGAAUUCAUCCCUUUCACCUUUCUCGAUUUGCCAGGGUGGGUGAAAUCUGGAUACAACAGGGUUAAUAAUGCCCACCUUACACCGUACAUAACUUGCUCAUGCACUAUAUCUCCUGGCCUGCACUCUGUUCCGCUCUGCUUGUGGCAUGCGUGUGUAGCUGUGCCAUGUUGCAAACAGAGUGGUCUGUACUUCCCGCCCACUGACCUACCCAGACAUGAGGGAUGAUCUUUAAGCAGCGUUGGUCUCGCAGUCAAGGUCCUCUUCUCUAGUCCUACAGAAUUUCUGUUCGUAUGAUGCUGCUGCUAGCCUCCUGCCACAUAGUCUUUUUUAUGGUUGUUACAGAGCCAUGUACUGGUAUGAGCUCUGUCUUGUGCGGAGACUCCCUCUUCACACCGCUCAGAGCUAUUUUUUUUUUUCUCCCAUAUGUUAAUAUAAAGACUUAAAACCACACGGGAGUAUCUUAAACUUUGCGACCAUAAAACACAUGAGCACUGAUGCUUCAGAAUUUGGGGUCAUCUAUUGGAGAGAGAGACUUAAACUGCUAAUGUGAAGCCAGCAUAAUACGUGUGAUGUCCAUGCUGAACACAAAUCGAUUGGUCUUUCAUUUUUGGUUUUCCCCCUUGGGCGGCUUGAUAUUUAAUGGUCGAGUGUUGGUGUGGUUUUAAGGUUGGUUAGAUGCUUUUGGACUCUUGCUCAGAGGUGCGGGGUCUUGCCCUUUCUCUUAAACUUCAAUUCUGCUCACUAAAUGGAUGAUGCUUUGCAAGCAGGUCCUGCCAUGGGAGAAUUGUUAUAUUAACAAUGACACUGCAAUGUUUGUUUUAGAAGACAACUAAUUUAAUAAACUCAUCCUUGUGACAA